ACCAGGGCGGACGACUCGAUCGGAGGCUCCGUCUACGCCGCGCGUGGUUCUCGCUCACUCGAGACAACGGGAUCGCACACUUCCCUGGAGAGAAAUUUCCCGUAAUUUUUUGAUCGUGGAUAAUUAGGAUUCUCUUCCUCGCGAGACGGACUGUUAUGUCAUACUUGUUCGAUGAUUUAUCAGUGAGAGAAGUGGAGAGUAAUAGAAAGGGGAGAAAAGUUAUCCGUGGAUGAGAAGAAUAACAGACUGAAAGACCACAAGAAUCUGCUUAAAAAAAAAAAAAAAGGAUAAAAUAAUUUGCUCGAGCCUACAUUCCUUGAUGCGGUAAUUGCCGAGAGAAAAAGCAGACAGACGACUGGAGACUCCGGAAAACACUCGACCACUGCCACGAUGACGCCCCAAACGGACCGUCAGGCGAUGCCCUGUCUCCAGGGAAUGACAUCCUUCGGCGGGGUCGGAAGAAGUCAGACUCGGGAGGAGGAGGAUGUCACAAUGGUUGGGAAGGACGUUCCCGGUGCAGAUACAAAAUCUGGGGAUCAUGUUGGUGUGGAUGAGAAUAUGAAUGGUGUCGAGUCACCUUGUGGCUUGGUGGAGGGAGAAGGGGAUGAUUCAGUGAUGCCGAAGGAAAAUACGGCAGAGAAACAAACGUUCGACCAACAUCAUUCUGGCCAAAUAAAAGGGAUUACCUUCAGUGCUACUAAAAGGCCGACUGGUGAUCAAAUCGUCGAGGAGGAGGAGGAGGAGGAACCACGAGACAAGCAAGGGAUUCGUGCCGAGGCUGGCGACGGCGAUUCAAACUCCUGCAGGAGGAGGAGGAGGAGGAGGAGGGGUAGGAGCGACCCAGUGGCGACCGUCAGGGCAAUUCAUCAACCUAAUCACGGAUUACGCGAGAGCAGCAGCGUCGUCGAAAAGUGUACCGCGAGUGAUGAUAAGAAGACGACGGAAGUCGGGGAAAGGAGGGGGAGGAGGAGGGGGAGGAGUAAGAGGAGGAAGUCCAAGGCGACAGACGAGAGGGCGUAGACAAAACGUGUUGGAAAAGCGUGAUGACAUCGUCGUCUCUCGACAGCUCGUAUUUCCGUGGAUCUUACGCCUCCUCCUCCUCCUCUCCCACCAAUUCUUUUUCCAACUCUUCAUCCUCCUCCUCCUCCUCCUCC